CGCCAAUCAACGACCGCCGCCGCGGCCGUGCCACGUCCCGGAAGUACCGAGCCGAGCUCCCGCCUUAAAGGGACCGCGCUGCGCUGCGCCCCAUGGCGAAGCCCGGGCACGGCUGGAGCCGCGCGGCGGCGGAGCGGGGCGAGGCGGAGGAGGACGAGGAUCCGCUGGACGCCAGGAUCGCGCGGACCGGCUGCCUGGAGCAGCACCGGCAGCUGCAGGAGUGCAUGGCGGAGCGGCGGGACUGGCGACACUGCCAGCAAGAGCUCCGCGCCUUCGGCGCCUGCAUGGCCCGGCGGCAGCCGCGGCAGCCAGGGCCCAGCCCAGCCCAGCCGCAGGACUGACACCUUUCUGGCUUUAUUUUCUUCCGAGCGCUUGGAAACCCAGGUGGAAUUGUUGGGAAAUUAAAUUUGGAGUUUGUCA